AUGCUGUCCCGGUCCCGCUGUGUGUCCCGGGCAUUUAGCCGCUGGCUCUCUGCCUUCUAGAAGGGGAACUGCCCUCUAGGGAGACGUUCCCUGCCCUGGGUCUCCUUAUGCCAGGGACCAGGUUACCCUAAUAGCAGAAAGGUUGUCAUUAACAACAGUAGUGUCUCCAGUGUUCGCUUCUUCAGAACUACGGCUGUGUGCAAGGAUGAUUUGGUUACAGUCAAAACCCCAGCAUUUGCAGAAUCUGUUACAGAGGGGGAUGUCAAGGGGGAGAAAGCUGUUGGAGACACAGUUGCAGAAGAUGAAGUGGCUUGUGAGAUUGAAACUGACAAGGCAUCUGUGCAGAUUCCAUCACCAGCAAAUGGCGUGAUUGAAGCUCUUUUGGCACCUGAUGGGGGAAAAGUCGAAGGAUGCACUCUGCUUUUCACACUCAGGAAAACUGGUACUGCUUCUGCUAAGGCCAAGCCAGCCGAAGCUCCUGCUGCUGCAGCCCCAAAAGCAGAGCCUACAGCAGCGGCAGUUCCUCCUCCCCCUGCAGUACCCAUACCCACUCAGUUGCCACCAGUGCCCUCACCCUCACAACCUCUUUCUAGCAAACCUGUGUCUGCAGUAAAACCCACUGCUUCCCCUCCACUAGCUGAGCCAGGAGCUGGCAAAGGUGGUCUGCGUUCAGAACAUUGGGAAAAAAUGAACAGGAUGUGGCAGCGCAUUGCUCAGCGUCUGAAGAAGGCCCAGAAUAUAUGUGCAAUGCUGACAACUUUUAAUGAGAUUGACAUGAGUAACAUCCAGGAGAUGAGCCGGCACAAAGAGGCUUUUUUGAAGAAACAUAACCUCAAACUAGGCUUCAUAUCGGCAUUUGUGAAGGCCUCAGCCUUUGCCUUGCAGGAACAGCCUGUUGUAAAUGCAGUGAUUGACGAUACAACCAAAGAGGUGAUGUACAGGGAUUAUAUUGACAUCAGUGUUGCAGUGGCCACCCCACGGGGUCUGGUGGUUCCAGUCAUCAGGAAUGUGGAAGCUAUGAAUUAUGCAGAUAUUGAACGGACCAUCACUGAACUGGGAGAGAAGACCCUAAAGAAUGAACUUGCCAUUGAAGAUAUGGAUGGUGGUACCUUCACCAUUAGCAAUGGAGGAGUUUUUGGCUCCCUUUUUAGAACGCCCAUAAUCAACCCCCCUCAGUCUGCCAUCCUGGGCAUGCAUGCCAUCUUUGACCGGCCUGUGGCUAUAGGAGGCAAGGUGCGGCCCAUGAUGUAUGUGGCACUGACCUACAAUCACCGGCUGAUUGACGGCAGAGAGGCUGUGACUUUCCUCCACAAAAUCAAGGCGGCGGUAGAGGAUCCCAGAAUCCUCCUCCUGGAUCUUUAGGAGGAAGCCACACACCCAACAAAUCAUGCAGGAACUGAAAACCAGUCUUACCCCUGCUCCCUCAUGAGUCCCAGGUUAGCCUGGUUACAGGCAGGCACAUGCUGUUGGCCUCAAGCAAGGAAGCAGAGCACUAUGUAACCAGCAGUCACAGGUCUUUUCUUGGUGUUCCUGCCAGGCUCUCUCCCUCUCUGCACCUGUCUCACACCCUUGAAUAUCUUAAUUCCUUAGGCUUGAGAGAGAGAGCCUUAAUGGGUGCUCAUUAAUAUUCCUGCCUUUCUUCCAUCA